UUAUACUGGUUUUUUAUUUGAUGUCUAUAAUCUACACUUUUGUAAUUUUGUGCGAUUCUUCGGCUUAAAAUAACUAAUGGAUUCUGAUCCUGAGGAACAGAAUGGCGAUGAUAAAGUUUGGUCUCCAAAGGCUAUCAAAUUACUGGUGUCCUUGUAUUUGAAGAACAAGGAUAAUUUCCGCAAUCCAAGCAUCCGAAAGAAAGUCACCUGGCUGUCCAUACUCGAUGAGAUGAAACGUAAUGGCAUUAAGGGUCACACAGUUAUCAGUAUAGAUCGGAAAUUUCGAAAUCUGAAGAAGACAUUCUUUGCCAUACGAAAGAAGAAAUUGGAUCAAGUAAUGACCACGAUCAGAUGGCAGUAUUAUGAUGAAAUGGAAAAGAUAUUCAUCCAUAAUGAUACAGAUAUACUACAGAAUGAAGAUAAUCCUCAUCCUCCAGUAUGCAGUAUUUUUGAUAUCAUCAAAGAGGAGGGCAUGUUCUAUAAUGAAGACGACUCCAAUCAUUCAAAUCCAGGCUCUGUACUUAAUGCCAUUGAAUCAUAUUCGAGUUCCCAAGAAUCCCCUAGGAAAAGUAACUUUAAGGACAAAAGGACCUCACAGUGUAAAAUUGAAGAAUUGCAUGGAAUACGAGUGGCUCUCGAGCGAUCGAAUGAGAUUCAACAAGAAAGAAAUCAGCUUAUUCGCACUUGCAUUGAACAUAUGAUUAAAAAGAACAAGAUUUAAUUAGUCAAGUCUCAAUAUUAACAUUAUUAUCUUCCAUCGCAUA